AUGGUCGGCCAGCGCGACGCCGUGCGGCUCCUUCUGGAGAGCCCGCCGGCCAGUUUGGUGCACAAGGUCCAGGGGAGGCUCCCGCUGGACGACGUUUGCGAGAAGUGGGCGCGGGCGGGGCUGAUCCACGACGAUGUGAACGUCCAGGCGAGCGCCAGGAAGCUGCAGAUGCUGCUGUCGGCGUGCCUGGAGCACGGCCUGGGGUCGUACGUCCUGGACUACGUGCGCGAGGUGUCCCUGGACGACCGCGCCGUCUCGAGCGACCCCGAGGAGCACAUACUCAUGGGCAUCGACGUCGUCGCACGGUGGGCCCGCGAGGUCGCCGCGGACGUAUACGAGCGGUGCAGGCGCUGCGCGGAGGACCCAUCGCCAGCGCAGCUCCGCAGCGCGCUCUCCGCCGGGGAAACCGCGCGCGGGCUCCACCCCGUAGCGACCUCGCUCGCUGCUGCCGAGACCUCCUCCCCGCCGCCGCAGACGCGCGCGCGGAGGCCCGCGGCGGCCCCGCAGGCGAGGGAGACCCUCGCGCACGCAGCGCGGCGCACGCUGCAGGCCUCGCAGUUCCUCGAGGUGCUCCGGUGGGCCGACGCGCACAAGCUGACGGGCGACAGGUUCCUCGCGGAGUGGGGGUCCGUGCCGAGCUGGAAGGCGAAAGUUUUGGAGCGGGAAGCUGGCGGCAAACGCAGUCCAGGCCUCGCGCGCCUGAAGCAAGCGUGCGCAGCCAGGGCUCUCGCACGCGAGCAGGACGCGCAGCCAGGCGCGGCCGACGCGGACGCGGCGCGGGACGGUCCGGGGCAGGGCGCGAGCGCGGCAGCGGAGGACGACUCCGUCGCGGUCAGGGACGCGGCGUACCCGCCGAGCAGCCUCGCGAGCUUCGCGGGCGCUGCGAUGCUCGGCGGCGACACGGCGCCUGCGGUCCGGCAGGCCAAGUUGUCGUUGGUGCUCUACGCGCUCGUGGACGCAGGGCACGAGGCGCUCGCUGGGUCGUUCUGCGCAGCGCUGGGCCUCGGCGAGGACGCGUACGCGCACGUGCACGCCGCGGUGCUGCUGGACCAGGCGCGGGGCGCAGGCGAGGCGGAGAGAGCGCAGCUGGCUGCGCGCGCCGGGCGACUGCUGCUGGACCGAGGCGCGAGCGAUUUGCCGUUCGCGUUCGUUGCCGACUUGAAGGACCUCGGCCUGUCGGACGUGGCCGCGCAGCUGCUGCGCGUGCUUGGCAUGGACUGGGUGGCGGGGCCGGAGGGCGCAGCAGACGAGCAGGACGUCGCUAUGGCGGUGCGGCUCGACUGCGGGCUUCUGCACGAGGCCUUCGCGGGUCUGCGGGCGGCGUGCAAGCGGGGGCUGCCGCGGGAGGCUGCGGGGCGGUUGGUGCAGAAGAUGUGCGCGUGGGGGCACGCGAACGGCAAGAUCGACGUCGUGUUCGCGCUGCCGUGGGAGAAGGGCAGCGUGGAGGAGCGGGCGCUGCGGGAGUGGGCGACUGCGCAGGGACGGGGCGCGAAGCUGGAAGCUCUGUACUUGCUGUCACGCGGACGCGCAGCUGAGGUCUGGCGGCCGCCGACAGGCACGGGCGCAGCGGACACAGGCGGCGAGGACGCGGACAUGGACGUGGACGGCUCGGACGCGCAGAUGGAUCGGGCGUUCGCUGCGCUGCUGACGACGUCUAGGUCGUUGGUGACGCAAGCUACGCAGCAAGCUGUUGUGGAGAGCGCUGCGGAGGCGGUGGAGGCGCAGGCGGGGCGCAACACGGGCGGCACGGCGCCGCCGCGGCAGAAGGUCAGGCUGAACUUGUUCUCGCGGCCGCCGACGACCGUCGGCGGGUCGCGGUAG